AUGAUCAAACUCCCUCUCCUAAGCCCCAACAACAUUUCGAAGCUGAUAUUAGGAUUCUAUGGAGUCUCAUCCGUCUUAGCCCAGUCCAAUGAGAUUGGAAGUACAAACUUCUCAACAUGGUUCCCCAUCACAGAGUUCCCUAACGCCCAAACCGCCAACCUAUCGCGGUGGCAGGCUGAGGCUCAAAAGCUCGCCGGCACAGAUCUGUGGGCUGAUUACCAACACCGGUGCAUCAACUCGGCUCAAAAAUACCCAGAGAUUGGCAGUGCCGCGCAGUUGGAUGGAUUCAUUGCCCCUAAUCGGCCAUUUGAUUCAGUUUUCUUCGUUGGGUCUUCAGGUGUCUCCUCGUGGGCGAUUGAUACCGGCGAUGGCCUCAUCCUGAUUGAUGCUCUUUGGAAUCCAGAUGAAGCAGAGAGAAUCAUCAUCCCCGGACUCCAGACUUUUGGAUACGAUGGCUCAGACGUGAAGGCUUUGAUCAUUACACACGAACAUGUUGACCAUUUCGGGGGCGCGGGGUGGCUCCAAGAGACCUAUGGAAUUCCAGUCUACGCAACAGAGGAGUGUUGGGAUGAGUUAGCCAACAUUGCCGGCACGCCAAAGAAGGAGCACGUGCUGACAGAUGGAGGCAAGCUCGCCAUCGGGAAUACAACCAUCGUCACCCACAAGACUCCUGGCCACACGCCUGGAACAGUCUCGCUGUUGAUCCCCGUCUAUGACCGAGGAGAGCCUCACCUUGCUGGCCUUUAUGGAGGAGGAGGUAUUCCUACUUCCGCGGAAAACAAGGCUACGCAGAUUGAGUCCUUCAACAAGUUUGCCAGUAUUGCGGAAAAGGUGGGUGUGGACGUCCUUCUCAGCAACCACCAGACCCAGGAUCACUCUCUACAGCACUUCGAUGUGCUCGCCAACCGUCAAUGCAAUGGACGUACAUGCUCACUACCAAACCCUUAUGUGGUUGGGACUGAGCGCUAUGCCCGGUAUCUGAAACUGAUGGGAUUGUGUGUCAGGGUGAGAGCGGCCAGGAUCAACCAGAACCUGAGGAUCUAA